CCACACAUUAAAGAGGAACAGGAAGACCCAGAGCCCCUACACAUUAAAGAGGAACAGGAGGGAGAGCAGGGAUGUCUGGAGGAGGCUGGUAUCAAGUUCUCAUUAACUCCUGUGAAGAGUGAAGAUGAUGAAGAGGAAGCUCAGUCUUCUCAGCUUCAUCAAAGACAAACUGAACAGAUGGAAACAGAAGCUCAUGGAGAGGAUUCUGGAAGACCAGAACCAGACAGGAACUCCGAUCCACAUAGACCUCCAGAACCAGAUAUUGAUGACAAGGCUGGAGACUCUUCUGAACCUGAGACUGAUGUCAGUGAUGAUUUGAAGGAGACCAGAGAACCUCAGUCAGGUUUAAACUCUCUGAAUAAUGAGGAAGUUAAUGUCAGUGACUCAAAAUGUAGUUCUGGUGAGAAACCAUUAGGCUGCUCUGAAUGUGGGGAAAGAUUUCACCUCAAGGGAGAUUUGAAGGAACACAUGAGAAUCCACACAAGAGAGAAAAUGUUCAAAUGCUCAGUCUGUGAAAAAAGCUUUAAGCGCAAAUCACGUCUGAAGAGACACAUGAUGGUUCAUACAGGAGAGAAACCUUUCAGCUGCUCAGAGUGUGGGAAAGGUUUUACUGAAAGUGGUGGUCUGAAGACACACAUGAGAAGCCACACAGGAGAGAAACCUUUCAGCUGUUCAGUCUGUAAAAAAUCUUUUAAACACAGUGCAAGUGUACAGAGACACAUGGUAAUUCACACGGGAGAAAAACCUUUCAUCUGCUCACUCUGUAAUAUAUCGUUUUCAUAUAGGGGAGUUUUACAGAUACACAUGAGAUGUCACACAGGAGAGAACCCUUUCAACUGUUCAGUCUGUAAAAAAUCUUUUAUACAAAGGGGAUCUUUGCAGACACACAUGUUAACUCACACAGGAGAGAAACCGUAUUGCUGCUCAGUCUGUAAAAAAUCUUUUAUAAAGAGGGGAUCUUUGCAGACACACAUGUUAACUCACACAGGAGAGAAACCGUAUAGCUGCUCAGAGUGUGGUAAAGGUUUCACUGAAGGUGGAGGUCUGAAGAGACACAUAUUAAUCCACACAGGAGAGAAACCUUUCAGCUGCUCAGUCUGUAAUAAAGCUUUUUCACAGCAAUCAUCUUUACAGACACACAUGCUAAUCCACACAGGAGAGAAACCAUAUCGCUGCUCAGAGUGUGGUAAAGGUUUCACUGGAAGUGGAGGUUUGAAGAGACACAUAAAAAUCCACACAGGAGAGAAACCUUUCAGCUGCUCAGUCUGUAAGAAAUAUUUUACACGGAGGGGAGAUUUAAAGAAACACACGUUAACGCACUCAGGAGAGAAACCAUUCAGCUGCUCAGUCUGCAAGAAAUCUUUUACACAGAGGGGUGAUUUAAAGAAACACAUGUUAACUCACACAGGAGAGAAACCCUUCAGCUGCUCAGAGUGUGAUAGAGGUUUCACGAACAGACACCAUCUGAAGAGACACAUGAGACUUCAUACAGGAGAUAACUCCCUUUAGAUGUUUUGGUAAAGUUGACAUUAAUUCCACUCUCUCACUUGUAAAUAAGACCUUGAGAUACUGGAUCUCCCUCGCUUGGGGUAGUGACUCACCUCGAACUGGGAGGAGUCUAUCCACCGAUCUCCUUCAGAGAACCAUGGCCUCAGACUCAGAGGUCCUGACUCAUCCUGACUGCUGCCCACUGGGCUGACAGAGCGUGGUCACGGUCCUAAGCAGGAGAAACUCUGCUGAACAAGUCACAAUUAUUGUCCUGGCAACGGGGACGCAGUCUAGGACUGUUUUUAUUUGUUUUUUUUCUACAUUUUUUACAAUUUAACAUUCAUUUUAAUUAUUUUUAA